AUGACUAUAGCUCUUGGUAAAUUUACCAAAGAUGAAAAUGAUUUAUUUGAUAUUAUGGAUGACUGGUUGCGGAGAGACCGGUUCGUUUUUGUGGGUUGGUCCGGUCUAUUACUCUUUCCUUGCGCCUAUUUCGCCUUGGGGGGUUGGUUUACGGGUACGACCUUUGUGACUUCAUGGUAUACUCAUGGAUUGGCAAGUUCCUAUUUAGAAGGCUGCAACUUCUUAACCGCUGCAGUUUCCACUCCUGCUAAUAGUUUAGCACACUCUUUGUUGUUACUGUGGGGUCCUGAAGCACAGGGAGAUUUUACCCGUUGGUGUCAGUUAGGUGGUCUAUGGACUUUUGUUGCUCUGCACGGUGCUUUCGGAUUAAUAGGUUUCAUGUGA